AUGGAUAUUGAUCUUUCACACAUUUCUUGGGCGGUGCUACUGCUUUUGGAGCUUCAAAGUUCAGUUUUAAUGGCGAAUGUUAGCAGCAGCCUAGAGCUCGUUCUUUUCAUUGGUGUCCUCUUUCUUUUUCCUCUGUUUGCUCAUCCUCUCGAGAUUCCACCGAGACUCCUGUUGAAUUAUUCACCACCACAUACAACCACCGUCACCACCAGUUAUCUUCGAGGGUCUCUUGCAGCUGCACAUGAAGUUCCUAGUGGUGCAAACCCAGAUUCCAACAGGACCGGGUCGAAACGAUCUAAACCAGUAAAAAGGAUCCGUUAUUUUACAUAUCAUCAAUUGGCGCCAUCCGUGGGACUCAAACCAUAUAUCUCCGAAAAGAAGUUAAACAGAGCUCGCAAAUGCUACCUGGCCAACAAGGACGAAAACAUAGCCAUCAACGGAGACGAACCACCUCAAAUCACGACUCAAGGAAUGAUAGGUGUCCUAGUCAAGUCAAGCAUCGAACCCAUACCUAUCACCCAAGGCAUAGGCGGACCUUGUAACUUGAUCUUGGAACCAACCCAGGAAGACCUAAUCAUUUAG